AUGGAACCCACACUCAAAGGAGGACCACAAGCUCGGGGCUCGACGAAACAUAAAAUAUCAGCAUUAAGAAACUUCUUGGGAUACGGGAAAGGCUUUCUCCCUAAGUGGAAUCGGUGGAAUUCCCUGCUUUCGGCUAAGUAUACAGAGUUGGGUCUACCGUUCGUUCAACCGUUACCUCUAUUCUAUUCUGAUCUUUAUUUUCUCCUUUGCUUCCUUGUCUCGUCUAUCCUUCUCUGCCUUCAGCCUGUCUUGGAGCUCUAUCCCGUCCUUCCUUUGGCUUGCCCCGAGGAUGGAUUUACUCUCCAAAGUCGAUUUGAUCACUGCGAGUUCGGUUCAAGUCUUCAUCGAUCGGGUGGAUCUUUGAGGGGGGAUGGAAAGGUGGGCCAUGUUAUUCAGUCUCAUGGAACUAAACUCUUAGAUGCAGCAUGCAACCGCCUCCAUCCAUCGGCACAUCCGCCCCGCUUAGGCACAUUGUUCAUCUUGAAAGGGAGUCGCGAGGUGCUGUCAUGUCAAGCCCAAGCUGGGAAACCCCUCCUCUAUGAAGCAGAGAAUGAUCGAUCGAAGACUGAGAAGAUAGAAUAA